GGUAGAGAUGGUUUUGCCAACAAGGAACGUGUGGCGCGACGCGGCCUACGACUGGGUGGGAGUAGAGAUGGUACCGACUAUGUCCUUUUUGUGGGUAGAACGGGUGUGGGAUCUAGUUCGAGAGAAUGAGGCGUGGGAUGAAAUAGCCGAGGGGAACGUGGAAGCUCUUGGGACGGUGUGCCUUUCGAAGAAUGGGUGGUAUAUGUUUUGCACGCACCUAGCGGCGGGACGAGACCCGAUGUGGAUUUUACAGGAUGCUGAGCGGUUAACUUGGGAAAUGGGGCAGGAUUUUGCAAAUGAGGGGUGGGAUGAAGUGGGAAGCAGAGUCGUGAUGGGGGGAUGGGAGGACCUUAGGCUCUUCUACCAGCUAGUCCAGGUAAGUGUGCCGCAUUUUGUUGCAGAUUGGUUCGGAGGGUACGAACAUAUCCGCGCCAUAGCGGAAUCCAUGGACGAGGUAGAGGUAGGCUUCGCCUGGUUAUCAGACGCUUAUUACGAGGCGUCGUUGCGAUUCGGGCCGUUUCACGGGGACCGGGCUGAGGAAGUGGUCGAGAUCCUAAAGGAACUUAAGGACUACCGACUAGAGGUUAACUUCAUCACCGAGAGUGAUGACCGCGGUGGGGUUAAUGUGACCACCAAACAACAGGGUGCUACAAAGAAGGUAAUUCAGGACGCGGUCAUGGAAGACGCGCAGGAAGGUUCGAAUCCGCCAGCAGAAUUGGAUCAGGACAAAGUUUACGGCAAGCCUAGGGAGGAGGCGCCGAUAGACAAAGUAACAUCCGCAAAGAAGAAAUUCAGGUACCAGAUCCCUAUCCUUGCCGAUCCUGAGAUAGACCACACUCUUAGCCAGUUUCUAGGGACCAUGGUAUCAGUUUCCUUCCAGACCAUAUUGCAGGCUAGUCGUAGACUACUAAAGGGCCUAAGACAGUUGCUAACAAGGCAAAGGGUAGAAGUAGUGGAGGAACCGGAUGUACGCGAAGAAGGCAAGGAAGAGGAGCCACCGCGGGAAGUGGCAAACCUUCAGAGGGCCCCCGGGGAUCUGGAAGAUCUAGAGAAUGCCUUUGCAGACAUCCGGCUAAGCCUGCCAGACCGGGAAGGCGGAGAAGUCAUGAGGGCACCGCCUGGCACGAAACUGAGUUUCCAUGCGCUACCGGUAGGGAAACUGAAAGUCCAGAUUGGCACCCACCAUACGGAUGCACUGGUAGAUGGCGGGGCAGAAAUUACACUCGUUCGCAAGGACUUUGCAACAAUUGAUGGGUGUCCAAUCAACCGGGAGGUCACGGGGAGUGUUCGGGGAGCAGGAUACGACCAGCUCCCGCUGGACGCACGAGAUAGGCCCUACACGGCUAUGCAUACGCCAGUAGGACAGUUGCAGAUGCAGAUCACGCCAAUGGGAUUUACUAAUGCGGUAGCAGAGGCACAAAGGAGGAUGCUCGCGGUGUUCGGGGACAUGUUCCCAGACAAAUGUGAGCCCUACAUUGACGACAACCCUGUCAAAGGAGCACGGGAAAGGGAUGAGACCGAAGUCCAGCCGGGGAUAAGAAAGUUUGUUUGGGACCACCUGCAGGAUAUAAGAGAGCUGCUGCGAAGAUUCCUAGAAUACAACAUAACCGCUAGCGGUCCGAAGAGUAUCUUGGCAGUACCAGAAGUCACAAUUUUGGGAUUUCAUUGUGGGGCCUAUGGAAGGAAGCCGGAUCCGGCUAAGACCGAUAAGAUAUCACAGUGGCCUACGCCCCUUCGAACUACAACAGAAGUCGAGGCAUUCCUGGGGGUGGUAGGCUUUUGGAGAAUCUUCAUAAAAGGGUUCGCAAAGAUAGCGGAACCAAUUCGGGCCAUGAUCCGUGAAGAAUGCACGCUCGAUUGGACCGAGGAAAGGGAAUCGGUCGUCCAGACCCUGAAAAAUAUUCUCACAUCCGAAGAAAUCACCCUUGUCGCUCCGUGUUUCAACGACGAGGUCGGUCGACCUUUCAUCCUUGAGACAGAUGGAGGACCAAUGGCAGUCGGCGGGGUGUUAAUUCAAAAAGGUGAAGAUGGUAGAGAGCGACCGAUCAGAUUUGAGAGUAGGACGCUCAAUUCGGAUGAGCGGCGCUACUCUCAGUUCAAGAAGGAGGUACUUGCGAUACUGCAUUGUCUCAAGACCUUUCAGGCUUAUCUCUUCGGGAGGAGGUUUAUCCUGAGGAUAGACCCAACCAAUGUCGUUGGGGCCCUGAAGAACUAUAAGCCUAUAGACCCGACUGUUGGAAGAUGGGUAGGAUUUAUCUGGCAGUUCGACUAUAAGAUUGAGCGCAUAGCCGGCCUUAGGAAUCGAGCAGACGGACUGAGCAGGGUGGCCCUCACACCCAAAGGGCUAGAAGAGGCAGAGCCGAUCGACGCGUUCCUCGACUAUGAGGGCGGGACGCUGGUAGUAGACAGCGAGAUGACCGGAACGGCUUGCACAACUGGGGAGCUAUUGAUCAAAGCACUCGAAAAGGGGCCUCCGGCAGUGGUUGCCGAGUUAAGGGAAGGUACGGUCACCAGAGUUGGAAGGAGGGAAGAGAAGGACGUGUGGGGCAGUGUUGUGAAACCCCGGGAUGAAGAAAUCGCACUAGCUAUUGAGGGAGGUUGGAGAAGGGUUAUGAACAUGAUGGAGUUUUAGGAGCUGGAGAUGCAUCACUAUCAGGCCUAUCAGGUGGAUAAUAAUCAGACGGGUACUCAGGAAGAUGAGCAGUUCUUCCUCAUCAAGUCAUAUGAAGGUUUGUUCAGAGAGAUUGGGUUGCUACUGGUGGGGAACAAGGAACCCCACGAGGUAUAGAAAUCAGGCGGACCAAGAUGACACCCAACAACGAGAACGAUAUUAAUCAAGCAAAUAUCAAUGU